CUCACAGUCCCUUUCCUUUCUAAGAAGCGGGUGAUCGUGUGAGGAUGAUGGAGCAGGGCAGCAGCCGCUUGGAGGAAUUCCCUCUCAAUGUGUUUUCGGUCACUCCUUACACACCCAGUACUGCGGACAUCCAGGUGUCCGAUGAUGACAAGGCAGGGGCCACCUUACUCUUCUCAGGCAUCUUCCUGGGACUGGUGGGGAUCACGUUCACCGUCAUGGGCUGGAUCAAAUACCAAGGGGUCUCCCACUUUGAGUGGACUCAGCUCCUCGGGCCCAUCCUGCUGUCAGUUGGGGUGACAUUCGUCCUGAUUGCUGUGUGCAAGUUCAAAAUGCUCUCCUGUCAAUUGUGCAAAGAAAGCGAGGAAAGGGCCCUGGACUCGGAGCAGGCGGCAGGAGGACAAUCGUUUGUUUUCACUGGUAUCAACCAACCCAUCACCUUCCAUGGGGCUACUGUGGUGCAGUAUAUUCCUCCCCCUUAUGGCUCUCAAGAGCCAAUUGGGAUGAACACCACCUACCUGCAGCCAGUGGUGAACCCUCGUGGUCUCACACCAUCUGGAGUGAUGGCAGCUGCCACACCAAGCCCUCCUCAGUACUACACCAUCUACCCUCCAGAGAAUGCUGCCUUUGUUGACGACCAGGACUACCCUUCCUUCCUGAAUGAUGGAAAUGACAGGUCCAUCCCUGAUGCUGAGCAGCUAGAAGAGACACAGCUGGAAGAUGAGAACUCUGUCUCCUUCUCUCCUCCCCGCUAUGAGGAAAUAUUCUCCCUCCCUCGCUAG